AUGACCGAGAUCGCGUAUGGGCCGCUGCCCGAGCACCGCUUCGACUACCACUCCCCGCCCCCCGCCUCCAGCCCCGCCCCACCGCAGCCGCAGCUCCUCGUCUUCGUCCACGGCGGUGCCUGGCGGUCCGAGGACAAGGCGGACCACGCCCCGCUCGCCCGCACCCUCGCCCGCCUCACCGGCUGGCCCGUCGCGCCCGUCCAGCACCCCGCGCACGCCGAGGACGUCCUCCGCGCCCUCCACUUCCUCACCACCUGGCCCGCCCCGGGCUGUGCCGCACCCGCGCAGCAGCUCGUCCUGCUCGGCCACAGCUGCUCCGCGCACAUCCUCACCUCGAUCCUCCUCGACCAGGCGAGCGCGCCGAGCCUGACGCCCGCCCCGCCGCUGCUCGCCGCCACCCGCGCGGUCGUGCUCUCCGAGGGCAUCUACGACCUCGACGCCCUCCUCCGCUCCUUCCCGGACUACAAGGCGUGGUUCGUCGCCGCCGCGUUCGGCGACCGCGACGCGUACCCGGACGCGAACACGGCCGCGCACCCGCUGCGCCCGGCGCGGCGCACCGAGGCGAUCCACGCGCACUUGGUCGACGUCGCGGGCGCGGACAGGGUGCAGAAGAGCUGGACGAGAUGGACGAGGGCCACAAUGAGCUGCUGA